AUGGAUAUGUGGAACGAAUCCUUUACGAGCAACGAGACCGCUCCGGUGCUCUCUCGGUCUCCUGCGGAGCCGGCCUUCAUCAUCACCGUAGCCGUGCUGGCCAUUGCCGGUAACCUCCUCGUGGUUGUAGUAACCUGCAGACGACAGACGUUCCCCUCCGCCAGCCGGCUCUUCAUCGCCUCCAUGGCGUGUUCGGACCUGCUGCUCGGCUCGACGUUCCCGGCGAUGGUGGCGCCUGCCGAGGCCGGGCAGUGGGUGUUCUCGGACACAGCCGCUCAGGCCAGUGCCGUGAUCGUGAUGUCAUCCAUGGGGAUAACGUACUCAGCUCUAGCAGGUCUGAACCUGGACCGGUACUACGCUCUGAUGAACAGUGGGGAGGGCAUCUCUCGCAAGAAGGCGUGGAUCUUUCUGAUCUCAGCCUGGGUUGGGAUUUACGCCUGGUAUAUCUUCUCUACAGUCUAUGGGGUUCCGGUGUAUUACGAUCCAGUCAUGGCCAUGGCUACAUAUGAUCUAAAGGCCCACCCGCCGGCUGCUGCAGUUUUCUACAUCAGCGUGAAUGGUCCCGGUGUUGCAUCUCAGAACUCCACUCCUCAACAACAACAACCAGCACCUCAAAACUACAACAGUGACCGCUCGCUUGCUAAGAUUGUACUAAUCUUAACCAUAGUGCAAACUGCGAUAACCUUGCCGUGCUUCUGUGCAAUGCUGGCACGUCUGUUGGGUUAUGAUCUACCAACCUUCCUGUUCUGGUCCGUCUGGGUAUCAACGGCCAACACUUUCCUGGACGUUGUGGUGUACAGUCUGUGUCAGCAAUCAUUCCGUACGGCUAUGGCUGAGACAAUGAUGUUUGUCGCCUCCUCUCUGUACAACGUGUACCGCAGCAGAAACCGCGUACACGUGGACCAACAGAAUAUAGAAAUGAGCACUCUGUAA